CGUGACGUCGAUGAUUUCUGUCAAAUUCUAUCCGGCUAUCGUAUAAUUUUGUGAAUUUUCUCAGCAAUAUUCUUGAUUUACAUUAAUUGUAGGUUUUCCAUUACUAUCAGAGUGAUUAUUCUGAUUGAUAUCUAAAAUUAUGCAAUCAUUAGAAUUAUUAUUAUUAAUAUUAAGUAUAUUCACAAUAAGUAAUGCAACCCUUCAAAGCACCAUAGAUCUGCCACGCCUACAAGUGAUAUUGCAGGAUGGUAUUAAAUCUAAGGAUGUUAGUUCACUGUAUUUUGCUAUAAAAGGAUUGAAGCAGUUGAAAGCAUCCAUACCUGAUGUCUGCCAAGACCUUAAAAACUCUAAAUAUGAUAUAAAAAAUGUUGAACAAAUAUUCUACCUCACAAAUGCGGCAGCCCUGUCAAAUUGCCAGAAUGUACUGUCGCCAGAUGUUCUAAAGACUCCAACUCAAGUCCUGGAUAAAAAGGAUGUGACUAUCCGUGAACUGUACUAUGCUGUUUACUCACUGAAGGCCUUGGGGAAAGGCUCUAUAUAUGAUAAGGAGGAUGCCUUGAAGAAUCUUAUUCAGUUAUUGAAGAAGGACGAUUCACCAGUGAAUUACGGAUAUGUGUUUGGACUGUGUGAACACAUGGGGUGCGGUGUGUGGACUUCCACGCACGCGGAGGGCGUGCUGCUGGCGGCCGACGAGAGCGACGCCAAGGCGCUACACUUCGAGGGCGGAUUACCAGUCACCUCACUACUUCUCACCACCAUCGUCAAAACUUACAAAGAACUAAAGAAGCCAUUGCCGCUAACUGAGGAGCAACGCUACAAGUUCGCUGAAUACUUGCUCUCCCGCCGCUCAGUGAAUUCCCCGCGCGGAGCGUCGCUCCUGCUCGACGCAGCCCUUGCGCUUGCUGAUGUCGAUCCCACACCAAUCAGCAUCUCAAUCAAGGGCAAGAAAUAUGUCACGGCUGAAUACGAGAGCGUCGAGGUCUCCAUCACUGACCUGAUUGGUCGCCCUAUCAAAGCACUGAAACCUGAAGAAGUAGUCGCCCAAUCAGGCACAAGACUUGCCGACGAUGUUGUUGUCCUCUCGAAGCAACCAUUGACACAGAAACCCAAAGAUACAACAACAUUCAUCCUUAAUUUGUCAAAGAUUAAGGCUCAAUAUGGUUUGUACAAGAUUGUUCUCAGCGCUGGAGGCAAGACGGCAAGUGUGAAUAUAGCAGUGUUGGGUGAAAUACAAGUCUCUAAUAUAGAGGUCGGUGUUGGAGAUGUCGAUGGUACUACAAGCCCCAAAAUCACAAAUGUUGCAUAUCCUAACAAACUGAGCGAGAAACUGCAAGCUGAUCAUUUACAAAAGGUCUCGUUGAAGUUUAACGUCCGUGACAAAUGGAACAAGCCAGUACUGGUGCAGCAGGCGUUCGUGCGCGUGGGCAGCCUCGCCGGCGAAGACGAGGCUAUAUUCGUGGCAGAGCCGGACAACACUAAGGCCUACAAAGUUGAACUGAAUGUGGGUGCUAUUGGUAAACAUUUGAACCAAGUAUCGGGCACCUAUACGCUGACUGUGUACUUGGGAGACAGCGCAGUUUCCAAUCCUAUCUCGUGGACCAUCGGCGGUGUGGCGUUCAACUUUGGAAAGGAUGUUACCCCAGUUGGGUGGGCGGCGCGGGGCGCGGCGCCGCUGCCGGAGAUCGCGCACUCGUUCCGGUCGGCGGAGGCGCGGCCGGCGCGCGUGCUGUCGGACGUGUUCGCGGCGGCGUGCGGGGCGCCGCUGGUGCUGCUGGUGGUGUUGUGGGCGCGGCUGCGGAUCAACUUCGGGAACUUCCCCGCCACGCCCAGCGCGCUCGUCUUCCACCUCGCCCUGGGAGCUUCGUUGUCGCUGUACGGCGUGUUGUGGCUGAAGCUGACGAUGUUCGAGACCGUGCGCUACUUGCUGCCUCUGGGAGCGCUCACCUUCCUCUCCGGACACCGCCUACUGCGGCGGCUCGUGCAAGACAAGAGCCAUUCUCGUUAGACGUCCAUUUAUAUUGGUCCGAGGGUUUCUUAUAAUAACAUACACAAUCAAUUAUAUUUAGGUACUAACAUUGCCUUUAAACAAGAAGCACGGCGCGUCUGCGGAGUGACAGAAUUAAGGUGAAACCAUAGUGGUAUAGGUUCACGUUCUUUUCUCUGCUACUUUUACUACCCUACGUCUCCAUGUGAAGUGCCUAGCAUGAUGUUGACGGGCUAUAGUGUGUACCAUCGUGAUAGCUUCGAAGUGAUUGUUUUAUAAUAUAGUGUCAGAGUAUGUGCAAUUAUUCAUAAUACAUUAAUUUACACCUAUUUAUUUCUUAUUAAUAUUGGUACCUAAGUAUUAAGGGUAAAACUUGAUUGUGUUGGUCACAAUUUCUAUAUUUUAUUCAAAUCCAAAGACUGACUGAUAACCCUCGACCAUAACACUAGUUUUGUACUAAUAGUCUAUUGUCAAUACGAUUUUUUCAGUUGUUCCUGCUACUGUAGAAAUGCAGAGCUGCAAAAAUAUUCGCAUUUACCCUUAGAAAAUAGAAUUGUAUUAAUAGGAAAUGGUCAUAAUGAAAUAGACAUAAACAGUUAUAUUUUUUUAAUUAAAUUCUUUAUUGCCCUGGGAGCCUCGAACCAAGUGAACGAGAAUUUCUAGUAUUGCAGAAAAUAACGCGCAUCCAUACAGAAAGUUCAUGAAACAUCGCGAACUAUUUAUAACUGGGAGCAGCGAGAAAUUAGGAUUUUGUUGACACCUGAAUCAGUAAUGCAUCCAUUAUCCUCAUGUCAAAACAGUAUAUAUGUAGGUCUCAGUUUCAUUCCAACUGCAAGUAGGUGCAACAUAGUCGGUUUUUAUAUGCAUUAAUUAAUUUAAUGUGAUUUUUUUAAUAAAAUACGUGAUUUGU